UCCGGAUCGGGAUAGUCAGAAUUUCGUCAACAUCACAUGAAUAUUAGGUCUAUUUGAUUUUUAAAUAAUUUUUUUUUUUUUUAAGGAAUCAGUGUGACUUUUCUGAUCUAGUCAGUUAUCUUUCCGAAGAAACGUUCAUAGCAGCAGUGGAGAAGGAUGGCAGGAUUUUUUACGAAGAAACCCACUGUUCAAGGUACAUUCAAAUUAGUCAUUAGUUAUUAAGACUUCAACUUAAGAUUAGUUAGUAAGUUAGUAAACAGACUGAAUUCAGUAUAAUUUGUAAUAAGUCAUGGUCAAUAAUUAUUUUUAAUAGUCAAUAUAGUAUGAUUUUAAUUAGAAUUGAAUUAAAUAGUAUACUAAUACUUUACUAUAGUUAAUUUAGUCUACCAUACUAGUAUUAUAGAAUAUUAGAAUAGGGUUUAGAUUAAGAAUAGUAUUAAAUUAAUUUGUAAUUAUUAAUAUAACUUAAAUAUUAAAUUGUAUGAUUGGUUAAUUAAUUAUUAAUAUAAUUACUUUAAAAAAUGAGUUACAUUUACAGAGACCAGAGAGUGUAUAGUAUACAAUAAUGUCUAGUAUAAGUAUAAGUGGAAGUUAUCCUAUUUAUUACUAUGACUAUAAGUAGUCUAAGUUAGCAAGUGUGUGUUAGUUUAAUAAUUUAAUAGAUUAUAAUAUAUUUAAGUCAAGUCAACUGAUUAUAAUCGUGAUUUCUUUAAUUGUAAUAUAUUCAAUUCGGUAAGUUAUUGUUUGUAAAUUUACAUAAUCUGCACCACACUACUCAUUUUCCCCAUGUUUUUGCACUACUUUUUUCCUUCAGACACCAUCUUUUCUGCCAUUAUGGCAGAUUCAGAUAUGCCAUGGCAUGCAAAGCUAAUUAAUUAUUUUUUAAAAAUCUUCCAACGUAAAUUCUACAAUAUUCUACCUAACUAACCUAAACAGUGAAUGCUAAGUCAGUAUCCCUAUGUCAAGUGUAAAUUUACCUCUAAAUUUUAGUCGCCCCCCCCCCCCCGCACCACCACCAUCUUUAAAUCUAAAAUCUAUGGCCUAAUGACAAAUGUCACUAACGUGAACCCUAAAACCACGUGUUCAUUUGCUACAGUCAGGGCCGGCCAUACGCUGGUGACACGGGCAAGUUUAACUUUGGCAUAAUUUAAAUCAUAAUAUUUUUGAAAGGGAAAAACUAGGGGUUAGGUAAUGAGUUUAUACCUAGGAGUGAGGCAAGGGUUUUAUUAUCUAAGUUGUUCUUUUAACAAACAUGAUCAGUAAAAUUGUUUUUCUUAAUUUUUAUUUGGCGAAGAAGACAAUAGAAGGCAUCCAUGCAAGAGGAGAAAGGUAAUCCAGCAGUGGAUCCCUUGUUACGCUUAGGUGAUACAGAAUGAGAGGGCGGGUACCCUUGUGUGAGAAGGUGCAGCUCAGCCUUAACCCAAAUAGGCACAUGACUCAACUAGGAGUCAAAGCUUGGCUUAAAGACCACUUCUGUGAGGAGUGGCUAAGCCGUUGGGCAGGUGACAUGGUACCAGAAUAUGCUGUGGCAGAGUAAGAACGACCCAUGGUGGAAACUACAACAUGACAUGAUGAGCAGAGCCUAGUGACGCACAUGUGAGCAGAACUCUCUCCAACAUGCAGCUAUCUACACCGAAUAGACUCAUGUAGGGACCCAAACUGCCGACUCUGGCCAGGCCACAGAAAUGGUAGACCACCUGCUCUUUGCAUGCCCUGAGGCCUGAGGUCAAAGUAGGUUCUGAAAGAUCCAACAUGGGGACCUUUGUUAACGAUUUAAUUUACACAUGUGCCUGCUUGAUGAGGCAAGCUGCUGCAAAAACUGGCCAGGGUCAUAAGGGUCUAGGCUCAACUCCAUAAGAGAAUGUGCUAUAUUGCACUUUCUAUAUUUAUAUUCUUUGCAAUAUCAUUGGCUAUAGACAAAAUUGCCAAAGAAUUUAUUUUGUCUUGAGACAUGGAUGGUUGUAAAUAUUUUCUAUAAACUUUAGUUUGCUAAUGCGUCUCUCUUCAGCAGCUACAGUAAUAGAUAUUGUAAACAUUAUUCUUAAUGUUACCCACAGAUUUACCAUGACAUCCUGUAACUUAUUAGUGUUUAUGAAUUUUAGCGGCUUCUAUUAAAAGAUUUACAUCAUGGAGAAAUAAUUCUUAGGCUAUUUCUAGUUCAGCCAACAGAUCACAUCCAUUUUUAUCGCUAUUUUCUUGAUGCCUUAACUUAUUUUCCAAACCUUGACAUGCCACUGUGAGCUUAACUUUGACAGAUUUUUUAAGUCAUUUAAAAUCUCCGUGUGUUAUUGAAACUUUGCAUCUCGAUCAAAUCUCGGUUGUAUAGGUCUAUCCAGUAUUACAUUGUACGAGUAAUUUUUAUUAUUUUUUUCUGUGUCAUCUGCAUUUGGAACCUUUUCAGUGCACUCAUAUUCAAACAGCCUUCUUCUCCACCUUCUCAAUAUUCUGUUAAUUCUAAAAAUGGUCUUUACAUCUAAUUAUACAUCUUAAAAUGACAUCAAUAUGAAAAGAAAGCCUGAGAAACAAACAAUAUUUAUUCUAAACACUCCAUCUGCAUAUUAAUGUAUAAAAAAGAAAAGUUAACUUUAGUGAAUAAACAAAGGGGGAUCUCUACCAGUGAAAUAAAACUCAGGGAACCCGUAAAGCAUUAAUUAGAAAAAGUAAUGUUAACAUGUCUAAAGAUAAAGAAUUAAAACAUUACAGUAUAUCUUAUAAUAAUUCGCCAGAAGACGACGCAGGCUUUAGUAGAUGGGAAGUUCAUGCAUUGCUGUCGCCAAUGUUUGGCGGGCUAUGCGCACACCCCGACAAGUUCUGAGCAAGCGAGCAAUUCUGCAACGUAUGCUACGCCGCGGGUCAUCUAGUAUCUAUAAAUGCAUAAAACAAAAAUACAAGAAGCGAAUUUUCACAAGGGGCUGGUCUAUUGUAUAUAUAAAAGAGAGAUUAUUAUUAAUAUUGGUGUUUUUAUAUAGCGCAGUACCCCAUCCUAGAGCUGGGCUCACCACGCUGUACAUACAAUUUAACAAACAUAAUCAUGAACUUAAAAAUUAACAUACAUUAAUUGAAUAAAACAAAACAAAUGUAUAUUUACGCCACACAUUCAAGAACUAUUUACAUAUCCAGCCAUGGACGGCUACCCAGCAGCAUCAUUUAUUGGUCAGAGGGGGGAAUCAGUCAGGAUAGUAGAAUUUAAAGAAAUGUGUUUUGAGUGCAGUUUUGAAGGCUGUGGUGGUCGGUAUAUUGGGAAUGUGUAGAGGAAGAGAAUUCCAUUAUUUAGGGGCACAGAAAGAUCAUUCACCCUAUGUUUUUGUGCGAGUCUUGGGGACAGAAAGAAUACGUGUCUGCGGAGGAGCGAAGCUGUCGAGGAUGUGAAUAGAUAGAGAGAAGUUCGGUUUGAUAGGAAGGGCAGGAAUUCUAGAAAAAGUUGUGGCAGAUACCAGAGAGUUUGUAGUUAAUCCGUGCUUGUACAGGAGCCAAUGAAGAUGGCUAAUGAGAGAGGGGCUUAUUUUACUGGUCACUCAGCAAAUGUCAACUAACUAAGAUUUUAAUUUAUCUAAACAUAGUGAAUAAUUACUUAAUUAUUGCAAAGAGAGAUACUUAAAUUACUUACCAAAUUGAAUAUUUUACACAAAUCACAAUUAUAAUCAAUUUACUUUUAUGUUCUAUUUAUUAAACUAUACUUCGAAAAUCAAGGACUCGCUCCUAGUGUAUGUGCUCUAUGGCGCUGAAUAUGCACUGUUCUUCAUAACCCAAAAUUCCAUUCCAAAUUCUUGUGAGCGACAAAUUCAUAUUCUUAAUAGCACAAUGUGCAAUGGAUAACAUUAAUGUUUCUCUAUCAUUCAGAGCAAGUACGAGCUAAUGACAGAAUUCUUAAAAAACAAACUAGGGAUCUUGACCGAGACAGAAAUGCAUUAGAGAGAGAAGAAAAGAAAAUUGUAAGUUUUGCUAUUUUUUACAUUACGUUUUAAUUUUAAAAGAUAACAUACUUAUAGGAUAUUUAAGUUGAUUUUGAUAUCAAAAUAUAGUAUUUUAUCUUCUCUUCCAAGAAUUUUAUUUGAGUAUAAUCUUGACAGUGCAGAAUGUGGGCCAGAUUUUUCAAAAUAAUUCAAUUAAUCUUUUCAAGGAAAUGGAAAUAAAGAAAGCAGCAAAGGCAGGAAAUAAGCAGGUAAGUGCAUUAUAUUUCAUUGAUGGAUCCACCAAUAGUGUAAAUAUUUACAUGUUUUCACUGCAUUUUUUACAUUGCCUUUUUUUUUUUUUUUUUUUGCUCAACUUUUAAUUAAUGAGUAUGGCAUUGCAUUACUUUUUCCCCAAGACUGAAAAACGUUCUAUUAUUUUUUUAAAAGCAUAUAUACUUCUAUUUAUUGUUUUUUUUUUUUUGUAAAUAUUUACAUGUUUUCACUGCAUUUUUUACAUUGCCUUUUUUUUUUUUUUGCUCAACUUGUAAUUAAUGAGUAUGGCAUUGCAUUACUUGUUCCCCAAGACUGAAUAACGUUCUAUUAUUAUUUUAAAAGCAUAUAUACUUCUAUGUAUUGUAUUUAUUUUUCAUUUACAGGCAGCAACAAUUCUUGCAAAGCAGUUGAUAGCUCUGAGGAAGCAGAAAACAAAAAGUUAUGCAAUGGGCUCCAAAAUAUCAUCUAUAGGCAUGCAGCAAAAGGUGAAAAAACAAAAGAAUAAUCCCAUAGUUAUUUAACUGUAAAGGGAAUUGUCUUGGAUGAACUUUUACUUAAAGUAAGGGUAUUUAUGUAGGUUAUAAUUCCUUUUAUUUUAAAUCUACCAGGUGAUGCAUUCCAAUAUGAAGAUGGCCAAUGCAAUGGGUACAACAACAAAGGUAAUUGAACUGAAUUUUUUAUAUAGGUGGUUUAUAUGAAAUAUACAGUAUAAAAAUCAGAUAUAAAAAUAAUUUACACAAUGAAAUCAGUGCUGCAGUGAAUCAAUUUUAUGUAAAUGCUGUAAUGUUGACAAUUAAGUUAGUUAUGGGAUGUGAUUGAUAAAUUGUAGUAUAUUAAAGAAAUCCCCUAUUACAUGGAUUACAUCUUUUUUUUUUUUUACAGACUAUGACACAGAUGAACAAGGUUAUGGAUCCAAUGAAAACAGCAGCAAUGAUGAAAGAUUUUGAAAGAGAAUCCUCAAAAAUGAGCAUGACAGAAGAAAUGAGUAUGCAAAUAUUUAUUUUAUUUUGCUCAACUAUUUGUUUUUUUAUGGAGAUGGUAAAUUAAGUGUAUAUAUUUAUUCACCUUUAUUUUAAUAUUUCAGUUGAUGAAACUUUAGAUGACAUCCUCACUGAAUCUGGAGAUGAAGAAGAGCAAGAUGCCAUUGUUAACCGUGUACUUGAUGAAAUUGGUAUUGAAAUCUCAGGAAAAGUAAGUCUUGAAUUUGAUUCAGCAUUAGAUCUGUAUUGCCGUAACCCAUUAAUCUCAUCCAACCUUAAAUGUCAGUUACCUGCUCAAUCCUGUAAUGGCCAAAUCAGACAGCCCUAGGCACUUUUCAUAUGUGGCUUAUACAACAUAACUCAAUCGAAAUGGAAUUUCUGUAACUUGCAACGCUAAGCAAACCAAGGCAGCUUCCUGCCAACUAUUUCGUCAUUAUGUGCAAGCAGAAAUCGUAAUUUCAGUUUUAACAUAAGAGCUGAGUCAAUGGUGAGGCCAUGUGAUAAGAGUAUUUUUUUUUUCAAAUUUUCACAUAACUGGAGCAUUUUUGGGGGGAAAAAAAUUCAAUAACGCAUAUUUCAAGCAUCUAUUGAUAUAGAUCUAAUAAAAUGGGGCAAAAAAAUGAACUAAAGUUUUGAUGAAGAAUGACUCAACAUUUUAUCAAUCCACCACUGCUGGGAUAGUUUUAACAUCUUAACUGCAACAAGAAAACAAUAAUGACUUAUUGGCAUAUUUUUUUUGUAAUUUAUGCAAACAUAAUGUGUGAAUACCUUAUUACUUGACAUGAAUUUUGAGAAUGUUUGCUCUUAACGUGAUUGAUUUAAUUUUUUUUUAGGUUGAAUUUAUUAAAAUAUUACUAUUUAGCAUCUACCAUUAUGUCCUAGAAUCUCUUGAUUGAGAAGUCUGAUGGCAAACAAUUCUUUAAAAUUAUUUUAAAAAAUUUGUGUCCCUUACCAGCUUGUGGAUGCCCCAUCAGCUCACAGGGGAAGACUGGGAGAAUCAACAAGUACAGCUGAUGCUGAUAUAGAGAGGCAACUUGCAGCAUUGAAAAAUUUGGAUUAGCCGUGUCUAAAAUGAUAUGGUGUACAUAGGGAUAACUUCCUUGAAGCCAUUCUCAAAACUUGUACAGCAUAUGGUGAAGAUAAUAGAUUCAUUCUUCAUUGAGAAAAAUAAGCAGGUCUUAUGUUUCAUGAUCCUGAUUAUAAAAACACACAGGGAGACAGCACUGUUACUCAUGAAGAUUGUCAAGCAAGUAUUUGCAAGUUAAGUUAUAUUAGUUUGGGUUGUAAUGUUGCUAUAGACAACCAUCUAUGCUCAUUUUGGAUGAUUCUCUCUCAAAAUCUUUCAUCAUUACUGCUGUGAGUGGAUGGCGUAGGCUAAAUAUUUUAGCCUAAUAAUUCAUUGCCCUCUGUGAAGCCAAUGGGUUGUUUCAGCUUUAAGUUAUAAAAGAAUAUAAAAAUUACUUAAACACAGUCUACUUUGACCAUAACAAAUUAACAUGGAGUUUAGCUGUGCAUUUAAAGAUUAAUAUAAUUUAUCUUGUUCUCUCAUCACUCUAAGUGAGCCUUAUUUUUAUAUAUGUUUCUCUCUGUGAUCUUCAAAUGUGUGUGUGUGUGAAUUGAAUUAUUAUUAUGCUGAUUUUGAAUUUAUC